GCAUGGCGGACGGGCCGACGCUGCGCGUGUCCCAGGGGGCUCUGCGCGGCAGCAGCGUGCCGGGCGCCUGGGCCAGCAGCUACCUCGCCUUCCGCGGCAUCCCCUACGCACAGCCGCCUGUCGGGGAGCUGCGCUUCAAGCCGCCGCAGCCGGGCGCUCCCUGGAACGGAGUGCGGGACGCGACCAGCGAGGGCAGCGUGGCUCCCCAGCUGGACGGAGACACGGGCCGCUACAUGGGCGACGAGGACUGCCUCUUCCUCAACGUCUACACGCCGCGGCUUCCUUCGGAGGCCACCAGGGAGCUGCUGCCUGUGAUGGUGUUGGUGCACGGCGGAGGGCUGGUGCAUCUGUCUGGGAGCAGCCAGUGGUGGGGACCGGACUUCCUCGUAAGGCGCGGCGUCGUUAUGGUUUCCUUCAACUACCGGCUCGGAGUACUGGGUUUCCUGGCUACCGGCGACUCCGUGGUGCCCGGGAACAUGGGCUUCAAGGACCAGGUGAUGGCGUUGCGCUGGGUGCGCGACAACAUCGCCAGCUUCGGCGGGGAUCCUGACAACGUCACCAUCUUCGGGGUCAGCGCAGGCGGCUGGUCUUGCCACGCGCUCAUGAUGUCGCCUCUAGCUAAGGGGCUGUUCCGGCGAGUGAUCGCGCAGAGCGGCGUGGCAGUGGGCGACGGCGCGAUCAGCGCGCGGGUGCCGGAGCGCUCGUUCGCGCUGGCUGCCCACCUCGGCCUCACGACAACAGACUCCAGCCAGCUGCUCGAUUUCCUGGCGCGCCAGCCCGCCACGGCGCUCGUCGAGAACACUCUUGAAGGUCGCACCGAGGAGGACAAGGCGCGUGGGCUGAUGUUCCCCUUCGUGGGCACCGUGGAGCCGGCGGGAGAGGGCUCCUUCCUGACGCGCCACCCCGAGGACAUCCUGCGCAGCGGCGACUUCCAGCAGCUGCCGCUCAUCACGGGCGCCACCGCCUUCGAGGGCUCACUCUUUCUCCCAGAUCUGCUGAAGGAGCCGAAGGUCGUAACGAAUUACGCUGUGAACCACCGGCUACUCAUUCCAUACAACCUCCGGUGCAGAGACGAGGACAGGGAUACAGUGGCAGAGCAGAUACGCAGUUUCUACUUCGGAGACCGAGCGAUUGGUAUGGAUACUAUGAAGGAGCUUUGCAUGCUGCGAGGCGACGCGAUGUUCACCUACCCCGCAGUGAGAGCGGCAACAGCUCACAGCGCUAAGUCUGUGGCACCUGUGUACUUUUACAAAUUAGAUGCCUUCAGAAAAAUGGUCCUAGGAGAUACAGUUCCAGAAGAGGUGAAGCAACAGGCGGAAAAAACGGAUGCUGCCGGCCAUGGAGCAGACUUGGGAUACCUGUUUCGAUGUGUACUCUAUCCUGAGAUACCAGAACCAAGUUCUCCCGAUGGGAAGAUCAUUGACACGAUGACACGACUAUGGACAGACUUCGCCAAGACAGGGAGUCCGACGCCUGGGGCGGCGGAGGACGAACAGCUGCAGUCGGAGGCGGCGGCGGCGGAGCAGUGGCCGGCGUUCAGCGCGGAGGCGGGCGCCUACCUGCUCGUCAGCCCCGGCAGCUUCAGCGUCGUCCACAGGCCUUUCGCCCAGCGGGUCGCUUUCUGGGACAGCUUGUACACCCGGUACAGUGCUUAGCCUGCUGUCUCUUUCUGCAAUAGGAAACAGGAAACUCUAAGCCAAAUCAUGUAUUUGGAAUGGCCUUUGUGAAACACUGUUAAAUUCUUUACUUAUAAGAUCUAAUUCCAUUACCACUGUCAGUACAGCAAGUUACUGAUGAGGCGAGGUCUCAUGAUGUAUUCAGAUGAACAACCAUAUUUGUACAUUCCAUUAGCCGGCCGCGGUGGCCGAGCGAUUCUAGGUGCUUCAAUCCGGAACCGCGCAGUUGCUACGGUCGCAGGUUCGAAUCCUGCUUCGGGCAUGGAUGUGUGUGAUGUCCUUAGGUUAGUUAGGUUUAAGUAGUUCUAAGUUCUAGAGGACUGAUGACCUCUGAGGUCAUCAGGUUCCGGAUUGAAGCGUCUAGAACCGCUCGGCCACCGCAGCCGGCAGCAAAAUGGCAUUCGUUUCUGAUUGUCGUGAGACUGGAGCAAGAGAUGUUCAGUACGCUGUCCACCGUUUUCUCCCACAAGUUAAAAUCGAGAAGCAGCAUGUUCCACAACAGAUCGAAAUGUCUCAGGGGUCAAGUUCAGAAUGCGUUUCUCAAUGCGCGGCUUCAGUUCAGCUAAGUUCCUAGUUGGAGCACUGAAGACAACACCUUUCAGAUCACCUCACAGCCAGAAGUCACACGGAUUAAAAGCAGGUGAUCUGGAGGGCUAGGCUGUACGGAAAUGAUGGCUGAUAAUUCCAGCAUGUCCGAAAUGCCUCUGCAGCAGCUACUUUACUGACUGUGCAGUGUGAGGAGCGCCAUCUUGCAUGAAAAUGAUCCUACCCUCACACCAACGCUGUCGGAGGGUUGGAAUGACAUUGGUGCACAAAAGACUCUCACAGCGUUUACCACUGAUGUUUCAGGUAACAGGGCUCGCAGGAUCAUUUCCUGGAAGAAAUACGGCCCUACGACAAACGAUGCCGUCAACCUGCACCACACAGCCCCCUUUGUAGAAUGAUGUGGUAUCGGUUGAUGUUCCUGCGAAUUUUUCGUUGCCCAAACUCUGCAGUUCUGCUUAACUGACAUGUUCUGGAAAUGGGCUUCGCCUGUCCACAGAAUGUCUAUGGCCAUUCACUCUCCUCUUCCAAGCCAGCAGGAAAAUCCAAAGCAAACAUUACUCUUGUUGGCAGGUCAGCAGGAGGCAAUUCCUGAACAUGGGUGACUUUGUGAGGACACCGAUGGAUGAUGUUUCGUAGGACUUUAUGCACCGUGCCCGCAGGCAUGUCCAGCGUUUGAGAAAUUUCCCAAGCACUGCAUGUUUGCACACCCCGCUCGAUCCCUCCUGCAAUGGCCACAUCUUCGACAGACGUCAGAUAAACUGCUUUCCUCCCUCUGGACAUUGCACUUGAAAAGAACUUGUCUUUUCGAAUUUUGUAACUAUUUUCUCCACCCACUUAACAGACAUGGGAUCAAUGCCUUUUUUUCAUACUCUUGAGUGUCCGAAACAUCUGCAGGGCUACUGGUGCACAGUCACCAUUAUUUUAAAAGAGGCUUACCAGUAAACUGAGGAACAUCCAUGCGCCAUGUAUCGGGUUGGUGUGCAUAUUCUGACGCUUACAGCGCCAUCUAUUGGUCCAGUUUUAAUAAAUUUGUUUUUAUUCCAUUACAUUUUAUCCUGUAUCAAUAAUAUGCUGUUCAAAUUUAACGUCAUUCUGUGCAGUAUUUCUCUUCCUACAGCGUUUUCAACUGUAACUUUAGUUAAGGAUACCCUGUACAUCUCUCCUCACAUCAACACGCAACUUAUUGCAACGCAACAAGUUCCCACAUUUCCUCAUCUUCUUCGAACUCCUUCGAACCUACUUCAUUAACUGUAGAAUCAAGUGCUAUAAUAUGAGCACAGUCUAAAAUAAAAGUGUUCAGAAGUACCUGACUUCAUAAUACGCCUGGAACCUUAUCAUGAUUUGCAGAGAGUGUUUUGAAGUUUACGUGAGUAAGUUACAAGCACUCUACAUGACAACGUACCUGAAGCCCAGAACCGAAAAAUCUUAUCCAUUUUCGAUGAAACUUCUUAGAAACAUGAAAUUCCUAAGAAACUCGUCGUAAGUUAACUUCCAACCCUUGUCAAACUAGGCCUGUAAGUAAGUUAAUGGCUCUAUAAGUUAAUAACUAAAUUGUAAUAGAAUAAUUUCUCCACUGUAAUUGUAAAAGUGAUCUAUAGAUGAUUAAAGCUACUACUACUGCUACUACUACU